CUUUUAUCAGGCGAGCCUCGCGGUGGGGAGUGGACUGGUGUGCCGGAGCUCGGCCGGGGAAGGAGGUGUCCGCCGCCGGCUCGGCUCGGCUGGCCCGGCCUGGGAGGCGUCGCGAGCGGACGAUGCUCCGCCUGGUGUCGCUGAAGUUGGGCAGGCUGUACCGUUACGUGAAGCUGGCGGCGCUGGCCCUGCUGGCGGCGGCGCUGGCGCUGAACUCUCCCUCGCUGCUGGCCUCCCUCCAGCGGAACGAGCUCUCGGAGCGGCGCUUCCUGCAGCUGAACAAGUGCCCGGCCUGCUGGGGGACCAGCUGGUGCCGCAAGUUCCUCAACGGGCAGCUGCGCCUCGAGAGCUGGGGCCGCCUCCGCCUCCUCGACUUCCUCAACGUCAAGAACGUCUUCUUCGCGCGCUACGGGGAGCCCCGCGAGGGCAGCCGCCGCGUCGUCCUCAAGCGCCUCGGCUCCGCGCGGGAGCUGGCCGAGCUCGACGCCAAGAUCUGCCGCCGCGCCAUCGCCGCCCCGGCCCCAGGGUUAGGCCCCGCCGGCAGGGGACGCUGCGACCUCCCGCAGGCCCUCCACGCCACCGAGUUCGCCGCCAUCAACGGAGACGUCCGCCUCCUCACCCCGGACGCCGUGGAGGGCUGGUCCGACCUGGUGCACUGCCCCUCGCAGCGCCUGCUCGACCGCCUCGUCCGCCGCUACGCCGAGACCAAGGACUCCGGAAGCUUCCUCCUCCGGAACCUCAAGGACGCCGAGCGCAUGCAGCUCCUCAUCACGCUCGCCUUCAACCCGGAGCCCCUCGUCCUGCAGAGUUUCCCUUCUGAUGAGGGAUGGCCAUUUGCAAAGUAUUUGGGAGCAUGUGGAAGAAUGGUGGCUGUAAACUAUGUGGGAGAAGAACUGUGGAGUUACUUCAGUGCCCCGUGGGAAAAGCGAGUUGACCUGGCAUGGCAGUUAAUGGAAAUAGCAGAACAACUGACAAACAAUGACUUUGACUUUGCACUCUACCUCCUUGAUGUCAGCUUUGACAACUUUGCAGUAGGCCCUAGAGAUGGGAAGGUCAUCAUUGUGGAUGCAGAAAAUGUGUUGGUGGCAGAUAAAAGGCUGAUCAAGCAAAAUAAACCUGAAAAUUGGGAUGUAUGGUACGAAAGCAAGUUUGAUGACUGUGAUAAGGAAGCUUGCCUUUCUUUCUCAAAGGAGACUUUGUGCACUCGUGUCACUGUGGACCAUAACUACUAUGCUAUUUGCCAGAACCUUUUAUCAAGACAUGCCACCUGGCGUGGCACUUCUGGAGGGCUGCUUCAUGAUCCUCCAGCUGAUAUUGCCAAAGAUGGUCGACUUGAGGCCUUGCUGGAUGAAUGUGCCAAUCCAAAGAAGCGAUAUGGUAGAUUCCAAGCUGCAAAAGAAUUGCGUGAAUACCUUGGCCGACUAAGUAAUAAUGUGAGGUAGUUCAUAGUGCAUAGAUGGUCAGAAACUGUAUGAUGCUGGGACAAAAGCAUAUGGACAAUUGAGUUCUGAACAUCAAAUAAGCUAAAUGAAAGAAAAAAAAUCCACAAACCAAUAUGGUACAUGGAGGAUGUUCUGUAUAAACUGACAAAGCUACAUAUCUCACUGCAGCUUGAACUAUUUUUGACUUGCAUGGGAGGAGUGACAACUUAAUUGACUCACAUCAAAUAGGACUUCACACAAACCUGCGAUAGUACCACAAUUUUAUGAGACAGAUGUCCUUCCUUGGAAAGUCAAGUUAUACCGGCCUGUUUUAAAGGCUUUUAUUUCUGACAUCAUUGUGUUGUCUUCAUCCCACUCUUGCACCCAACUUAAGUGGUGUUUAAGUACAUGCUGACAAGCCCUAGGUGUUCCUUGUUCCUGAAACUAGUAGGCUUUCAUCAAAUGCUGUGUACCAUUUGAGUACAAGAUUCCUAUGAUUAUUCUUUAUGUUGAGUUUUCCCCAUUGUUUCUUACUGUUUGUAUGCCUUAUUAAAGAUAUGCUUAUAAAAGCAGUCUUAACUGUUGUGUGAACAUAAAUUAGUUACAUCUGAAUUAUUUGUAAAUCUCCUGCAGGUAGUGAUUCACUGAUUGGUUAAGUAUAAAAUUCCAUCUCUAUUCCAGUAUUUAUAAAUGUCCACUCAACAGGGAAUAACUGCUAAAGAAACUGCUAAUAAAGGUAAAGGAUUCAGUUCAUGCUUAAUCAUGCUUACAGUAGACCUACUGAAAGCAGUGGCAUCAAAAUCAGUUGUAAUUAAAUGGGAUUUGGAUAUCAGUGAGAAAUUUGUUUGGAAAGAAGCAGUACAGUUAGUUAAAAUGAAGUCAAAACUUUACUAGUAUAGUAAACCACAAGCCAAAGAAAAUGGUUGUGUAUCAGUGUGUAGUUACUUAAUAUUAUGUACUGUAGUGACACUAACCCACUGACAGUUUUCAGCAGGUUUAUACUUACUCUUCGAAGAAGUUUCCUUUUAGUUAAAAGCCUAGGAAGAUCAAGACACAAAUGGGAAAAUGCCUAGCAGGCUAGCAUUUGUUCUGCAUUAUUCACAGUUCUGCUGAAUUUGCAAUGUAAUGAUGUUUACGGGACAUUCAACCAUGAGGUUGACUAUUUAAUAGUACUCUUCACAUUAACUGUAGAGGCCUUGCAUUGCAUUAAGUUUUUAAUUUGAAAACUUCAGAUGAGUUUUCUGUACCCUGACAUUGCUCUCAUGGACCAGAUGUUGAAUGAAAAAGUAGAUCAUUGCUAACAUGAAUCUUUUAUAGCUUACUUUCCUUUUAUUUCUUCAUGAUUACAGACUUUCUCUUGAUUAAAAUGCUGGGACUCUUGUCCUGAAGAAAGGCUUCUAGUUACAAAAUGAGCCAAGUGACUAGAGCUAACCGUGGUUUUUAAAGGUGAAAUAGGAUGGCUUUGAUCUGAGAAUGAUCAGUAUGGUGCUGAAAAAUGAAUCUAUACAAACUGAGCAAAGUAGUAGGAAAAGAAUGAAAAAGCCUACUCCAUUUCAAAGCUUUGCAAAUAAGCAGAUUAUCUCAGAGAGUUAAAAAAAAUAAAUUGCAGAGUUUUUCAUUAAUUUCUGUUUGGGCUGAUAGUUAUAAUAUAAAGCUGCUUAUUUGCACAUUGUGUCUCUACAGUGUAGUUCCUUUCAUUUAAUUGUUGUACUGUCUUCAUCCAGAAUAAUUCUUUUUUGCCAUGGUAACCUUUUUUCACCUCUGAUACGUUAACCCAGAGAACAUGAGGCAUUCUUGAGUCCCACUGAAAUUGAGAUUUCAGUGUGAAAUGCUACUUAUUUUGGAAAGUCUAAUGUUCUUUGAAUUCCUUUUCAUUUAUUCACAUCUGAUUUUCAUUGGCUUUCUUUUGGUUCAUGAACUGAGCAAAACUUAAAUAUGAGAGAAAACACUAGCCUACCACAAAAGGCCUUGUUUUACCACAAUAUUAAUUUAACCCACACGUUCUGAUGAAUGAGAUGUAUGAUUGUUGUAGGCUUUAAACAACAGAAAACACUGCCAACUAUCGAGGCAGUUCAGCUGCCAAAUGUUCCUUGUGAGGUUGGGGUUUGGAGUUCGUUAUUCCCUCUUGAAAUAAUGUGCUGAUAUGUAGGAUUCUAAUGACAGAAAGAAUCCAAAAUUUUCAGUCUACAGGGAAAACAUCUAUGUGGAAAGCAAUAAGUUUUCUUCAAUUUGCACCUAUCAAGUAUUUAUUGUACAAGGACAAUUUAUAUUUUUAGUCAUUGCCCACAAAUAAUGGUGAAAUAUUUUUGAACGACAUGUUUGGGAUUUGUAUGUGCAUAAAAUUGUCUUUUGUACUGUAAGUUACUGUUUAAUUUGAUUAUCAAGACUGUCUCCUGUGCCUUUAUACUAAGGUUGUUUUUACAACUUCUCUUGACUAUUAAUAAAAAAUUACUUUAAGAAA